CAAGCAGCUAACGGGACCCACAGAGCAGACCGGAGGAGAGAGUCAAUUAUAGCCUCUCUGCCAGACCUCGUUAUUUCUUUUUCUCCCUUGCCAAAACACGCACUUCUUCUUCUCGCUCGGAGGAAAUUACAGCAUGCACAGACCUGUAAUUAGAGCUUGCUAUGGACUCCUUUUGUUUCAGCGAGAGACAGAGCAGUAAAGCAGCAACAGUCAAACGGGAACCAUCCAGUGGAAAUACUAUCUGAUAACUCCAUUUGCUCGGCGCGGAGCUUGUUGCCUGCCAGUGAGUAUCCGAGCUCGAGCCCUUCUCGUCGCGCGGAGCUGGAGGCCGACCUCGCGCGGUAGUCUGUCCGCGUUUUACCUGUACUUUUUUGGGACUCUUGCGUACCUUUUUUUACCUACCUACCCCUCCAGUCAAUAACUUUACAGCCAUUACGCUCAAAAGAGACAAACGAGGGACAAUGGUGAAUCCUGGAGGCAGCAGCCAGCCACCACCGGUGGGCACAGGUUCCCUGUCCUGGAAGCGGUGUGCAGGCUGCGGGGGCAAGAUCGCAGACCGUUUCCUCCUCUACACCAUGGACAGCUACUGGCACAGCCGAUGCCUCAAGUGCUCCUGCUGCCAGGCCCAGCUGGGCGAAAUCGGCACGUCAUGCUACACAAAAAGCGGCAUGAUCCUCUGUAGAAAUGACUACAUCAGAUUAUUUGGAAACAGUGGAGCUUGCAGCGCUUGUGGUCAGUCCAUUCCAGCCAGCGAACUGGUGAUGCGGGCGCAGGGCAACGUGUACCAUCUCAAGUGUUUCACAUGUUCCACCUGCCGGAACCGGCUCGUCCCCGGGGAUCGGUUCCACUACAUCAACGGCAGUCUCUUCUGCGAACACGACAGACCCACAGCACUCAUCAACGGCCAUUUGAGUUCACUCCAGACGAACCCACUACUGCCGGACCAGAAGGUGUGUUAGGCGGGGAGCCGUGCAGGAAGCAGAAUGUGUGCCUUCAUUUUAGCCCUUGCUCAUUGUCACCCGAGACAGCGUGGAUCAGCAGCACCCCAGCCUUUUAGCUGUGCUCCCAGGCCCUUUCGCCCUAAAGGAAUCCUCCACCCAUCUCACCAGUAUCCUGACCUUUGAUUUCUGCAAACCCCAUACCCAGCGCUCAGCCUUCAACCUUGGCUUUUUCCCCAGAUAUGGGUGGAUACUUGCACUUACAUACCUGAAUCAGAAUGAUGGGGACUCCAUGAUCUUGGAACUUGAAAAAAAGACUGAUCAGAAUCCAAGGGGACUCUUCAGAGAGAGAAAUUACAUAACAUGCAAGAGGAUGUUGUGAUGGAAAAAGACUAAUGAGGUUAAAGAGAUGCAGGCUUUCAACUCUGCAUAUUUGUUAAAAAAGACAUUAAAGGGGAAAUCCGGGAACUUUUCUUUUUUCCUCACUUCCUUUUCUAUCCUUAUUUCCCAGCAACAUGGUGUUUCCACUUUAUAUAUUUUAAGUGUUGUCAAAGGGGAAUGUGUUUUUUUCUUUGGUGGUCUCUCUCUCUAUAUACAUAUAUAUAUAAAGAUGGGGUUUUAAACAAAUCUGUGGCUUUUUGUGGAAAACAAAUCAUGAACACUCUCUUGGUGUAUUUGUAAAACUACCAUGUAUGUACAGUAUGCAUGUAAAUGUCGUUGUCCAGGCGUGGCUACAGUACAUCUGACCCUCCGCACUCAGCUCCAGUUCUCCCACCCCCCUACCGAUACCUGAACCCGUGGCAAACUGAAAAAAAUCUGCUCAUAGUCAGUAAUGUAGAGACCAUCACCAACAUAUAAAUGCUGAAUGAAAGAGAAAUUUAUUUGUGAUAUUUUCCGAGACAUUUGCUCCAGUAUGGUGUAUUUAAUUAAUAAAAAUAUUGAAGAUUUAAAAGCCUCCUUUAAUUCAUUUUUCAUCGUAACUCUUCAGUUACAAUUUGGUCAUUGAGGGUUGAUAAACUUGGUUUUAAAGGGCAUAGCAGCGCAAGCUUUGAGCAGUUUUUCUUUCAUGCUGAGAUGAAUGUAUUUCAUACAAAACCAAAGUAGGAAUUUCAGGCAGAACUUCACUAACUUUUAAGGUGCAUGGAGGGAGACCAAAAGCAUUGAAGGAACAAAAAGCUCCCAGCAACCCUUUUAGUUUAGAGAAACAACAGCUGGGAUACCCCUGAUGAAGGCCACAAGCUAAAAUGCACUGGUGUUGAAUAGUGCUGCACAAUUAAUCCAAACGCAAUCGCGAUGUCAGGCUGUGCAAUUACAUAACUGCAUAAAAGGCUGCAAUUAUUUUUCUAUUAAUGGUACUUGAAUGAUUUACAAAAAUGCCCUGCAGAAAGGCUUUUGUGACACCACUGUAUUUAGUAAAAGAACCUUUAUUGUCAACACAGGAAAACUUUUAUUUUUUGGGAUUAUAUGAAGUUUGAAUUUGAAUUGGUCAACUGAAUUUUGAAGCCAGUGGUGUAAAAACUUGAGGUUUCGUAUUUUUUUCCAAUGCUACUGAAUAUUUGUUUGUUUUAAGUUGAGAAAUACUUCAGAACUAUUAUUCUCUGCAUUUUCUUUGAUAACCAAGCCAGUAGAUUCAUGAUAACAAUCACCAGAUCAUGCAGCACCAGCCUUGAAAAAUCUGUAACUACAAGUGUUGCUGAGCUUUUUGUGUCUCACAUGAAAAAAAAUAGUUUCAGCCCAAGCAGGUUAUUUUCUUUAAUUUAAUACAAGAGUGUCUGGAGGCAGCCUGAAGCUUCUGCUCUCAUAGCCCUUCUUGGUUUCAAGCCCUCUCAGCUGGUGCCAUGAAGAGAUGCCCCCCCUUGA